GAGAACCACGACUCCUGUGUCAUCCACGGACUUGAUCAUGUUGUUGUUUGAUACACAGCCAUACAACAGAGGGCUCAGUACAAAGCCCUGAGUGAAUCCAGUGGUGAAGAGUGCCACCCCACGUGGACCACCUGUUGUCUGUUAGACAGAAAGUUGUAUAUCCACUGGCAGACCAUAAUGUUAAAGCCCCAUGUCACUCAGCUUAGUAACCAGCCUAUAGGGCACUUUGGUAUUGAAGGCUGAGCUAUAAUCCACAAACAGCACUGUCACAUUGUUCCCUUUUCCAAAGUAUGCGGUAAUAUAUUAACUUGUUAUUUGAGUUGUGUUUGGGGUGGGCAAAAUGGUUUGUUCAGUCUUGUAGCCCAAGUUCUGCUGUUUUAUUUGAUGUGCGACAUCAUUAUAUUCCAUAGGUAGGUAAACUGUUUCACUCUGUGUUUGCAAAGUGCUUCACCAAGACCCCCACCAAGUCCCCCAAUUGGAAGUCUUUGGGGUUUAAAGGGUUAAAUGAAAACCCAAUGAAAAGAUCGCUGCAAACGGCAACAGAUGACGUCGACGCCCACUGUUUGAUUGGAGGAGAUUGCGCCCGCGCACGACGUCAUACACCGUCCCACUGCUCGUGUCAUGCGCACUAUCGCUUGUUGUUGUUAAACUGGUUGUUAUGGCUGGACAAGGCCUCCGAUUAAACUGAGAGAGAAGACCCCCACUCUCCUUCCCUUCCUCCCGCACUAACCCGUUCCGCCGCGGGACGCCCGCCGGCCAUGGAGGGUACAGAUAUGGACGUGGACGCGGAGCUCAUGCAGAAGUUCAGCUGCAUGGGAACCACGGACAAGGACGUCCUCAUCUCGGAGUUUCAGAGACUGUUGGGUUUCCAGCUAAAUCCAGCCGGCUGCGCCUUCUUCCUGGACAUGACCAACUGGAACCUUCAGGCUGCUAUUGGUGCAUAUUAUGACUUUGAAAGUCCCAUUGUGAAUACACCCUCCAUGUCCUUUGUUGAAGAUGUGACUAUUGGUGAAGGAGAGUCUGUCCCUCCAGAUACACCGUUUACAAAGACCUGGAGAAUACAGAACACUGGUGCAGAGGCAUGGCCCCCGGGGGUUUGUCUGAAGUACGUUGGAGGGGAUCAGUUUGGACAUGUAAACACAGUCAUGGUGAAAUCUCUAGACCCCCAAGAAAUAUCCGACGUGAGUGUGCAAAUGCGGAGUCCCACAAAUCCUGGCAUGUAUCAGGGUCAGUGGCGAAUGUGCACAGCCAACGGGUUGUUCUACGGAGAUGUUAUCUGGGUGAUUCUCAGUGUAGAAGUCGGAGGCCUCCUCGGCGUGACCCAGCAGCUUUCGUCCUUUGAGACUGAAUUCAACACCCAGCCUCAACGGAACGUGCAGGGAGACUUCAACCCCUUUGCAUCGCCGCAGAAGAACAAACUUGAUGCCAGAGAUCACGGCGGUACCUGGGAUCGGACGCCAGAGCCAAUCCAGCAAGAUCAGAAUGGACUGUCUCAUAAUGCUGUAAAUAGGGCCUCUAAUGGACUGCAAACAAAUCUUUCUGUUGUGACAUAUGGUCAGGGUAUUCAUGGACCAUAUCCAUUCGAUCAGAGCUAGAAUGACAGACAUGCUCCCCUCCAUGGUGGUUGAUCAGGGAGUCGACACUAUUGAAGAAGAUGGCGGGGGGUGGACAUUUGUUUUAUACUGACUAAUGACUACCUUUUCCCAGCCAAAGGCUCUAUCCACAGAAACAGAAGAAACAGUGGAGCGAUGGAUUACAUGUUUAUGCUGCAGAGGAACAUCAACAUGUGGACUGGCAUGUGUGAAUGCUUCAUCCAUGCAGUGCUGUAAAACCAUUCAACACACACAACUGUUUAAGUUUACGUUAUAGAAUGUUGCUGAUUACCAGUCAAACAGUGUCUUUGUCGGUCUACGGUCCACAGUGGAGACAUCUGCAGGGCCUUGUCGUCUCGAAUCAUGAAAGCGUUUUUGUUUGAGGUCCGCUGUGUUCUUUGGACAUGUUUUGUCUGUCUUUUUAGCCCUGGAAUAAUGGCCAUAAGUGAUGUAAAUGUCAUGGUGCUGCCACUUACACUGUCUGAGAGGCAGAGCUGGUACGUGCUCGCUACGUGUUUGAGAUAAACUGUGCAGAAAUAUUUUCUUCAUUAAAAUUUGGGCAGUCAAACUUUUUAAAAAAUCUGAUUGAUCACAGAGGUGCUGUGGAUUAUUCAUGAUUAAUCACGAUUAAUUCUAACCAAUCAUGAUUAAAUACAUAUAUCUGACUAAUCUGUUAAUAAGACAGAAAAUUAGAUAACUCAAAACUGAGCUUCCAGAGUUGGUAAUGUUUAGUCAUUACUGUGGUUCUUGAUGAUGGCGUGUCAAGAGUUUCAAAACUCAGGUGAAGUGGUUGUCUUCGACAAUAUUAACCACUCUACAGUCCCUCAUGAAUCAUUUGACAAUUGGGUCUGUGAGCUGUGAGCUAUUUUAAGCUAAAGCUUCUGUAAAACUAACUUUCCAAAAUUUCCACACAGUGUGUAUUUGACGACAUGUGUAUUGACUGUAUUAGAAAUAAAUGCCUUCAUUUUGACAGCCCUAAUUUUAAUGUUUUUGUGUGAGGGCACUUUGGGAUAAAUGGUAAACACAGCUUGAGCUGUUGUUUUUUUUUUUUUUUCUUUCGCUAUUACUACAUCAAGCUUUUACUUUGAAAGGGCAUAAUAAAUGCAGAGAAACAACAGCCAAACUUAUGCUAGAAAAAGUAAGAAGUUCAGGCCAGACGUGCACUAAAACAAAAUUUGAAACAUCCACCCUGCAGAUGCAUCCAGUGUCCACUAGUCGACCUGAAUAGUACUUCACUGAAGUCAGUUUUUCUUUUAGAUCUAAAAAUAACCAGAAAAUCAGUGGAGCACACGGUUCCUGAUGCAACAGUGAUCAUAGACAUGCUUUUGGCCUCUGUGGGAUGACCUUGAUGAUUUUUUUUAAUUAUUAUUAAAUAUGUCAAUCUUGUUUUACUUCUCCACAGAAAAAGUCAGCCUAAUGAAAACUGUGCAUAAGAAUACCUUGUGGUUAACGUGGGCCGUUGAAAGUUGGACAACAGGUGUAGAUCUUGGAGAGAUUUGCUUAUGACAUAUUUUCUACUCAACAUACUGUAUAUUGUAUGUUGUGAAUGCUUUCAUAUGAAUGAAGAAGUACAGAUGGAUGACUGUUGAUGAUAUGUCAGUGUGUCCGGUAAUUAAGCGUCCAAUCGUCUCCACUGGCAUGGACCAUGUGGGUUUUCUUACACUUAAUUAUCAUUAAGUGCCAAGUUUGAAAGAGAGGCUGUCACCUCAGUGUGACGGGCAUCGACGGGUCUGUUCUGAGGCGUCUGCGGGAUGUGGGCGCUGGAAAGUUUUUUGACAUUUAGAAGUCCAUAUAUCUCAUUCAUGUUUACAGGCUCUACAUUAUUUAUUCUCUUUUACCAUGACAUUUGUUUGUUUGUUUUUUCUUAACAGGAAAAUUCUGAAAUGUUUUAAGGUCAUUUUUAAAAAAUGUAGGAAGAUUUUUUUGUGUCACCAAGGUUAAUUAAAAUAAUGUCAGAGAAAAAGCUGAAAAUGACUAGUAUUAUCUGAAUUUGUAUUAUGAGGUAUUGAUUUAACAGUUGGUCCUCAUUCAUACCAGAACCAAUGCUAUUUUAUACUUUGUCCCUUAAAUAUUCCCAAAAAGAACUUAAGAAUAAAAAGUCCAGCCUCAGACCAAA